AAUUGUGAUAAUUUUUAUUUUUUAUUGUUUUUACUUGUUUAAUUAAUUUUUAGUUCGGUAUGAUUGCAAAAUUAUCAAAAGUAGAAAUAUCUGUAUAUUUAAUAGUAUGGGUGUUUAGUUUUUCUUUUUCAUUUUACAAUGUUUACUUACUUGGAGUUCCUUUUGAAAUAUCCAAAUCAAAUUACUUUAUUGAAGGUUGGUCUAUACUUACAAGAAGAAAGGAUGAUUCUGAUGAUGAGUGGGUACUCUGGACUAAUUUUUCUGUUAUGCUGGCUCCGUGGUUUAUUGGUCAUGUAAUCCUUUCUGAAAUUACACGAAUCUUUUUUAUUGAGGCCAUUCCGUUAUGUUAUAUGUUGAUAACAAUUUUAGUUUUAUUGUGCCAUUUCCCUCCAGUGCUAUCAGCGUUUCUAAUCAUUCAACUUUGUACAUUCUUCAUUGGGAUGUUAAUAGCUUCGAAGUUUUUUAUAUGGUUUCUUGGAAUAUUUUAUUUGCUUCUCAUAAGUGUUGGUAAAGAUGUCUUUAUGGAUACCAGUAGGAUGACCGAUGAAGAUCGUCUUAUAUCUGUUCUAUUAGCUUGGUUUCUCAUUAGGUGUCUUGAUUUUGCUUUAUCAGAAGUUCAAGGAAGUAAUGAGCAAUGGCCAAGGUUUCUCAAUUUACUGGCUUACUCUUUUUAUUUGCCAUGUUUUUUCUUUGGUCCUUUUAUACCAUAUGACCACUUCAAAUUGCAGGUGUAUAAAACUCAACAGCCCAGUUAUAAAACGAGAUGUUUGUACCUGUUUAGUUCACUUGUGAAAUAUUAUCUUUAUUAUUUAUUGUUUGAAUUUUUGUCUCAUUUACUGUACUGCAAUGCGAUGCAUCUUGUUAUUGAAAAUUUGAUGUCUAAUGGGAUGUGGACACUGAGUGGCAUCGGAUUAUGCAUGGCUAACUUUUUUUACUUAAAGUAUAUUGUUGUGUAUGGUUUCUCUACAAGUAUUGCAAUUUAUGAGAAUUUUACAACUCCUGAUCUCCCCAAGUGUAUUUAUAGGAUUCAUCUCUAUUCUAAAAUGUGGAGGCAUUUUGAUAGAGGUUUCUAUCUUUUCAUAUUCAGGUGUAUUUACUCUCCAGUUUGUGGAAGGAAAAAUGCUUCAAUAAUAAGAAAAUCAUUUGCUUCAUUUUUAUGUUUUUUAUUUGUAUACAUAUGGCAUGGUGGCACAAUCGGUAUCUUUUAUUGGUCUUUGUUUAAUUUUGUUGGCUUACUUUGUGAAGCAAUUUGUAGACAGUUCUGGAAGCGUGAGUUCGUUAAUCGUUGGUUGGAGUCUAACCUUAGUAAACAAAAUUUGAGAAGACUUGAAGCUUUAAUUGCUUCACCUUUGUGGCUUUUUGCUGUUAUCUCGAACUUCAUGUUUUUUGGAGGUCAUAAAAUGGGAAUGCUGUACUUCGAAAAGCUUUUUAAAGGCUCUCUCCUGCUGAAUGUAUCAGUGGUUUUGAUUGCUUAUUGUAUGUGCCAAGUAUCAAUUGAGACCGACAAGUUUGAAAAGAAGACAAGUGAUAAAUAUUUAAUCACUCAUAAACUCGAAAAAGUCGAGUAAGGAUUCACUGCAGUUGACAAAGACAAGAAAUGGUUUGGCUUCAACUAAGAUUUUUGAAGAAAGAAAUUCAUAACUACUAUAUUCGAUAUUUAAUGAGAAAAAAAGGAUCUAUUAUAGAUAGCACAGUCUAUUUUACAGACUAUGCUGCAUCAAUACAAUAGUUAGAAAAGAAUAUCUAACUUAGGGUCCAUUGCCUACUAACAUAUUUUUAAUAAAAUCAUGAAAUUGAAUCCUGUGUGAAAAAGGCAAGAUCUUUAUUUAGCAAUUGACUGUUUAAUCCAUACUAUCAGAGUGAGAAUGCUCCCUCUUAUAAUUAGGAUAUGGAAUAUUUUUAACUCACCAUAGUCUGGCAAUUCUUAUUCUGCCUGAGAUAUGUAUUAAAGUACUUUUUCUUGUUUAACUAUGUGAACCAAUCAUAUCACUUAAAGAUCCAUAAUUUUUUUAAGCAAUUUUAGAGAUAAAAAGGGGUAUAGUAUACUAACUAAUUACAUCUCUAUUUGAUUUUUAUAAUCACUGCCUGAUUACUUAUAUGAUGUCAAUUCUUUACAAAUUUGGAUUUCUCUGGAGUAUGCAUUAAUCCUUCAUAGCCUACAGAGUCUAUAUAUUUACAAUACACUAGCUAGUCCAUGCAGGCUCAAAGAACUGGAUUACUAGGAAACACUUAAAUUGAAUUUGAUUUAAAUAACAAUUUUGAUGACCCUAUUUAAAAAGAAAUAGGAAUUUAAGUUGAAACUUAAUACAGGUUUGAACCAGAAGUGGAUUAAGGACCACCAGGAAAUCUACUUUAAUUUAGGUGUUUUUUUUUUAAUAUUUAGUUGCAUUGCAAAACUGCUAUUUUUUUUAAGCUGGUAUGUAUAUGAAAUAAAUACAUUAAAUUAAAACACUGUAUUAUUGAAUAAGUUAUUACUUCUUGACAAAGUUCGUGAAUAUUAAUCUAUCUUGGAAAUUCCAAUAUUUCAUUAUUUUACUUGUUGAUUUCAUUUUUAAUUAACCUGGACAAAUAAAUACUUAUGGUAGAUUAAUGUUUCUGUAACAGUUUAUGUAUGUCUGUAACAAGUAUAUAUAUAUAUAUAUAUAUAUAUAUAUAU